AUGACUUCUCCCCUCUUCACCAUCCAGAAAUCGGAGGGUGUCCUAACAUGCACCCAGCCGCAGGAUGCUGUGUACCUGCUAACCUUCAAUUUUGCGCCGGAUAACCGGUUGACGGAGGAUUUCUGUCAGGCUAUGCUCCUCUCCCUGGACAUAAUCCAGUUCAAAUACCCGCCAGGAGUUGUAAUUACCACCUCCGCCAUCCAGAAGUUCUACAGCAAUGGCCUUGAUCUCCAAAAGGCCGUGGCGACCAAGGGCUUCUUUGAAAACAACCUCUUCGCUCUUUUCAAGCGCCUGAUAACUUAUCCUCUCCCCACUGUUGCUCUGAUAAAUGGCCACGCUUUCGCAGGCGGUUUCAUGACAGCCAUGUACCAUGACUACCGCAUCUUCAACUCCUCACGCGGCUUCCUCUGUCUAAACGAGGUCCAUUUCGGAGCCCCCCUGAAACCCGCCAUGUGCUCUAUCUUCCGAGAAAAAAUUGCAAAUCCGGCAAUAUUCAGGACAAUAGUACAAGAGGGAUACCGCUUUAGUGGCAGGGAGGCACUGGAACAUAGGAUUGUCGAUGCUCUUGGUGGCGUCGACGUGGCGUUGGCGUUAAUUGAGAAGAAAAAGCUGACGAAGCUGCCCAUUUCUGGGGUUUUUGGUCAGUUGAGGAGGGAGAUGUAUAGGGAGACAUAUGAGCUUUUAGAGAGGUGCGGAGAUGAUACAGCGGAGGCGGAGAAAGAGGCGGAGAAGGAGUUGAAAGUGAACGAGAGUGGAUUGAAGCGGGUGGAGGAAUGGCAGCGGCGGGGAGGGAAAGCGGCGAAGCUGUAA